GUUAAUAGUGUAAAAUAGAUUUAUUAAAGGAAAUGAGGGUGAAAUAUUAAAAUUCUACUAAAAAUACACAUUUGUGCCAAAAUUGAUGCUGUUGGCAUUAACACAGGCAAAAUGAUCAAAUAAACAAAACUGAAAAAGACAAAAAAGGGACCCGGUUCUUAUAUGGCAAUCGCUGUGAAAACCCCCUUUUUGGAGCCUUGUGUGUAUAAGAGCGUUUGCUCAACGUAAAUGUGAAUGUAUUUGUUGGUCAGAGCGUAUAUAUGUUUGAGCUAAACGUCUGAGAAAGGCAUGCAUGGAAAGAAGAUACAGGAAGUGUGAGGAACCCAGUGGCCCUCAGCAAAGGCCCACAGACCAAGUGGCAACAUCUCCAAACUUGUCAGCACAAGCGGGUCGACAACGUAGUCCUGCCCUCUAUACACGAUCACAAGAUCCACAAGGACAAGGCUGUUUUUCUUCUCGCACCACAUCAACCUGUCAAGGCAGAAGGGAGAAGACCGGACGGGCACAAACACGGCAGGUGUCUGAAACCAGGAUCUUAUGUCACAUCAUCCUCGUCCUUACAAUUCAUAUCUAAUGGCUCUUUCUGUGCUUUCUCGAGUCCUGAGUCUCUGUGUCCUGCUGCUGUCAUGGGGUCACUGCAGUCCAAUUCCACCUCCAGAAGAGCGGGAUAACGUGGACAUGCAGGAGGUUCUGGGUCAGUUCCUUCACAUGUUGAACUUGACCGAUCAGGGGCCCCGGACAAGGCCCCGCUCCAGCCGCACGGAGCCGCCGGAAUACAUGCUGGAACUUUACAACCAAUUCGCCAACGACCGCAGCGCCUCGCCGGCAGCCAACAUUGUGCGAAGUUUCAGAAAUGAAGACCACACCUCACACGGUGUGACGAGCAAGAGCCUGCGGACGCACCGUCUCCUGUUCAACGUCUCUGUGCCGCAACACGAGCGUGUCAUCAGCGCUGAGCUGCGUCUUCACGUGCUUCUCAAGAGAGACUCGCGUCAGCGUAUCGGAGCGGGAUGGAAGGUGACCAUAUUUGACAUGUUGCGGGGCGGACGCUACGGGACAGGUGAGAGAGACGCGCUGGCGUCGAAGCACGUCCAUCGUGAGGACAGCGGAUGGGAAGUCUUUGAUAUGACGAACGCUGUCCAGCAUUGGCAGAAGGUCAGUAUUGUGACCCCCAGGCUGGAGGUUCGUAUUGAAAAUCUGAACGCGUUUAGGAAUACGAACGAGCGGCAAUACGCAGACCUGGACAUCGACAGGAAUCCUGAUGGAAAACACGAGCCGGCGCUGAUCGUCUUCUCAGAUGAUCAGAGUGAAGACCGUCACAUGAUCGAAGAGGACAACGAACUGUGGACAGAUGAAGAGGAGCAGAUGCACUCAAACGAGAUCUACGAGGACGGCUCAAGAGUCCGGCGCAGCGCUAAAGUGGAGGGCUGCAAAAAAGCCGAGAUGUAUGUUGAUUUUAAGGAUAUAGGCUGGGACGCCUUCAUCCUGGCGCCAUCUGGUUAUCAUGCGUUCACCUGCCGCGGCGUGUGCAAUUAUCCUUUAGCUCGGGAAGUGACGCCGACCCAACACGCCAUCAUCCAAACGCUGCUCAAUCUCAAGAGUCCUCAGAGGGCCUCGCGGGCUUGCUGUGUGCCAACUGAGUUAAAACCAAUAUCCCUCCUGUAUGAGAACGAAAACGGCGUUGUGGUUUUAAAUAAUAAAUACGAGGGGAUGGUGGUCAAGGAAUGUGGAUGCAGAUAGUCCAAAAAACAAGAAAUCUCCGGAAAAGACUGUUUAGUGUAUAAAACAAGCGCCUACAUCAAAUCACAAACCGGAUGUGAAUCAUCUUGCAUCUCAUUAAUUAACAUAGGAUGUCAGUAGUUUCACACAUGCUGCUUCGUGAACUGAACAUCCAGGCGCCUCUAACUGCGUUUUAUUUAGGCCUCAUGUAUAUUUACUUGUUGUAAAUUAGUCAGUUUUCUAUUGCGCACCCUGCUGUAAUAUAUAACACACUGCUUUUGGGUGUUUAAUCAUUUAUAAUGAGAGAAGUUCAAAAUAAACCUGCUGAAAUAACAGUGUUAUGCUGCUUGAUCUGAUCGCUUCUAUCUGCAAGAACAAGCAAAAACAUUGUUUUUUCAUGCAUCAAUUUUGAGAUUUUGAACUUUACAUAAUGUAUUGUUUCAAAAUAGUGGAAGAAAACAUCCAAGCUACACUUUUAAGUGUUUUUUUAAAAAAAAAAUUUAUUGCACUUUAUUUAUUUGCGUCGGUAGAUUCAAUUCAAAAGUUUUUUCUCCACUUCAGCAGCACUUACAUACACCAAAAUUUACAGUUUUAUUCCUAUCUAUAUUCUAAAGGUUUUUACUGAGGGGUUUGUUCAUAUUGUAUAAAUUCAACAUCCAAACUACACUUUUAAGUGUUUAUUUUAUUGCACUUUAUCUAUUUGGUCUGUAGGUACAAUGCAUAUCUUUAAAGAGUUUUUUCUGCACUUCAGCAGCACUUACACACACCAAAAUUUACAGUUUUAUUCCUAUCUAUAUUCUGAAGGUUUUUACUGAGGGGUUUGUUCAUAUUGUAUAAUUUACCUGAUUUAUAUAACAUUUCAUUUCUAAAAAAAACAGUGAAAAUGUUUUGUUUUUUUUUUCCCCUGGCUUUUGGAGUGAUUAAAAGAGAAAUCCAAAAUUCCCUCUAUAAAAACCUUUAACUCUAAUAUGCCAACAAAACUAAACAAGAAAUUUGAACCCGGCUUUAUCUGAUUUUCUGGAAAUGUAUGCAAAUGAAUGCAUAUUUAAUUAGAUAAUGCAUCAUUUGCAUAUUCAAACAUAAGAUUUCAAAAAACUUCUAAUACAAAAAAAACUAUAAAGUUUUAAAAAUAAAGUUUUUUCACAGUGAUGCCAUUGGGGAACCAAAAAUGUUUCUUCAAAGAACCUUUCAGUCAUCUGUUCUUAAAAGAACCAUUUUUUUUUAGUUUGAAGAACCUUUUUCCACUCUAAAGAACCUUUUGUGCAAUGAAAAGUUUCCACCGAUGUUAAAGGAUUUUCAUGGAACAAUCAAUGCCGAUAAAGAACCUUUAUUUUUUUAAGAGUGAGCAUCUAUUUAUCAGAGCUCAUUCUGCAUAAUUUCAGUUGCACACAGUCAAAUAACAUUGAUUGUAACCAGGGCUUGACAUUAACUUUUUUGCUCACCAGCCACUGUAGCUAGUGGUUUUCCAAAGUUACUAGCCACAAUUUGGACAUCAAUACAUUGGGGAAAACUGACAUAUAGAUAUCUUUAAUAUUAUAUCAUAAUUUGGCAGCAGGUAUAUUAGGCUGCUGUCACUUUAAGACCUGACGCACGGAUCCAUUAUACUGUUACACAUGAGUUUUUCUCAACUUCAAACAUAACUGACUGUGUUUACGUGAAUACUCACCAAGACCGGCAUUUUGACAUUAUUUUGUGUGUAUUUGACUGUUUACGCACAAUAAGCAGUGAAAAAGAACUCAAUUUAGUACUGAGAAGCGGCUUUAUGUGCGCUCACUUUGAGUGUGAGAACAAAAUCUGUGGGAAUGAGUAAAAUUAUGCGCAAUCCCACGCCGAAAUUUAAGCCCUGAAACACUAGCAAUAUUCAUCCGGAGCAAAUGAAACGAGGCAGGUUUGUGUGUCGACUCACUGUCGGAGAGACGAGAGAGUGAGAAAGCGCAGCUGGUAUUGUGUAUCUGUUCUGUGGAAAAUGAGUAUUGGAAGCGUUUCAGAUAUUUCAGUAUCAAUAUGUAUCGAAAAAUCUGUAUUUUUGACAACACUACAUUGCACUUAGUUUAUUAUUUCAGAUGCCUUUUUUAAAGACUACAAUUGAAAAAUGUGUAUAUUAUAUAUAAAAUUCAACCCGCCAAAGUGGCUAGUUGGAGUGACUGGCCUGCUGAAAUACACCCGCAUAUGGCAGGUGUUAAUGUCAAGCCCUGAUUUUAACCCAAACGUUCUUCCUCUGAGUGCGGAUAUUCUGUCGCCCCUGACGGCCACAUGCCGUGCGAGCCACAAACACGUUCUCUUCCACACAGCUGUGAUAAGGAGGUGUCAAAAAUCGAGAAGUGUACGACCCCUCACUCAGGAUGAGACCUCAUUCCAAGUGGUGUGUCGUUGGACGCGAGAGCCGUCAGAUUCCUGAGCGCCAACAGCAACAGUCUCCAACGAUGCCUUCGCUUCCGCUUGCCAUUAAUGCUGUGACGCCCGUCUGUUGGGCCAGUGUGAACUAUAGGGCACUCAUAGAAGAAACCGUUCUGUAUGGAACCUUUAAGGGUUCUAUUACAUUUUAACACUUUAUCACUAGAAAAAAUUGAAAUAACCUGUUCAACAUGUAUUAGACAUUUCUCCAUAUAUAGAAACUUUUCGGCUUAAAGGGUUCUUUAAAAUUGAAUCAAGAACCCUAGAGUUCUAUAUAGAACCCCAUUGAACUUUUAUUCUAAGAGUGUUCUGUGAAUAUGAAGGAUUUUUUUCUGUUAUUGAUCACGUGUUUUACCCAUAUUUUGAAUUACACACUGCAUUGUGUUUUACACUCUUAAAAAUAAAGGUUCCAAAAGGAGUUUUUCACAGAGUGAUUGAUUCUUAAAAGAUUAAAGUUUAAAGAACCACUAUUAAGAAGCAUUUGUGCAAUGCAAAAGUUCCAUGGAAGCACAGAUGCCAAUAAUGAACCUUUAUCUUUAAGAUUGUUUGGGUUAAAGAAAAUGAACGGAUAAUGUACAAAAUUACAGUACUCUUUGUGUGUGUGAUGUGAAUAAACCUGUAGAUACUCACUCCAGCAAA